ACAGUGAUAACAAGUGUGUGCUUGCUAAACGUCCAAUCAGAUUAAAUGGUAAAUUGUUGACAUUUGUGGACAAAGGUCAGAUUUUACAAGAGUUCCAUCAUGAAUAUUGGGCAUUACACAACCAGCAGGUAGUCACAUAUAGUGUGUACCUCAUACUGUGCAAUAGUGACUGUGGUAGAAGACUGUCCAUAGAGUUUUCAACCCUGGAGGUUUUUGCUCUUCAGACAAGUUGAGUCAUUUCCACACAUGUACAAGCAAUUUUGAUAGCCAUCAUCUGUAUAAGCAAUUUUUUGGCUUGUGGUUGGAAGCGAAACUCUGACAUUUUUUUCAGUGCAAGGUCAUCUAUGUGAAUCAUGAACACCUCGAGGGUUACUCUUCUCAGGAAUCUUCCAAGAUGGAGGAUGGCUCCAUGGAAACACAAUGAAGUCCUCAUCCCUGCAACAUGGUUCCAAAGGUAUCAAGCCAUUCAUUCCACAAGCAGGCUGCGGGCCGAUCAGAAUGAGUACACCCAUAUCAUCGUGGGUGCUGGGUCGGCAGGGUGCGUCUUAGCCAACAGACUCAGCGCGGAGCCAACCAACAAUGUCUUACUCCUAGAAGCGGGACCCAAGGACUACUCUUGGAAGAUCCACAUGCCGGCUGCCCUGAUGUACCCACUCACUUCGGACACCUAUAACUGGUUCUAUACCACAGAGCCAGUACCCCACAUGAAUAACCGAGAGAUGUACUGGCCUCGCGGGCGUGUCUGGGGUGGGUCCUCUUCCAUCAAUGCAAUGUGUUACGUCAGGGGCCACGCCCUUGACCAAGACCGCUGGGAGAAGGAAGGAGCUGAGGGUUGGUCCUACGCAAACUGCCUGCCCUACUUCCGUCGGGCACAAACCCACGAACUUGGGCCAAAUGAGUACAGAGGUGGAGACGGUCCCCUUCAUGUUUCCCGUGGGAAAUCUGAUAAUCCACUUUAUCAGGCUUUCAUAGAUGCAGGAGUUCAGGCUGGUUAUCCAGCAACAGAUGACAUGAAUGGCUAUCAACAAGAAGGCUUUGGUUACAUGGACCUCAGUGUCCAUAAGGGCUUCCGUUGGAGCGCAGCUAGUGCUUACCUCCGUCCGGCUAUGAAACGUAAGAAUUUGACAGUCACCUCAAAGCUUCUCACAACUCGGGUGCUGUUUGAAGGAACCAAAGCCGUAGGGGUAGAGUACUUGCAGAAGGGACAGAAGACCACAGCUCGAGCAUCUCGGGAAGUUAUUUUGUGCGGUGGUGCUAUCAACUCGCCCCAGCUGCUGAUGCUGUCAGGUAUUGGUGACGCAGAUGAGCUCAGUAAGCAUAGUAUCCCUGUUGUAGCCCAUCUUCCAGGAGUUGGGCAGAAUCUGCAAGACCAUUUGGACCUCUACUUGCAGUACCAGUGCACCCAGCCGAUCACGCUCUACACAGCACAGUGGAAGUUUCCUCACAACAUGAUCCGCAUCGGCUUGCGCUGGUUCUUGUUCCAAAGUGGUCUUGGUGCCUCACCCCAUUUAGAAGCAGGCGGCUUCAUAAGGAGUCAACCUGGUGUGGAACACCCAGACAUCCAGUUCCAUUUCCUCCCAUCUGUUGUGAUUGACCACGGAAGAAUAAUGGGCUACUGCCAUGCCUACCAAGUCCAUGUAGGCUCAAUGCGGGCCACAAGUAAAGGUUACGUCAAACUACGAUCUAACAACCCUGAGGAGCACCCGAUCAUCCAGCCCAACUACUUGGAGACUGAGAUCGACCGUUGGGAGAUGAGACAGUGUGUUCGUCUUGCCCGUGAAAUCAUGUCUCAGAAGGCCUUUGAUCCCUUCCGAGGUCCUGAAAUCCAGCCAGGCGCUGCAGCUGAGAGUGACAAAGAUCUUGACGAGUUUGUGCGAAAGACAGGAGACAGUGCCUACCACCCAUCUUGUACUUGCAAAAUGGGCAGCACCUCGGAUCCCAUGACCGUCGUGGAUAGCCAGACAAGAGUACUAGGUGUGGAGAAUCUGAGAGUGGUCGACGCGUCCAUCAUGCCAAGCAUUGCCAGUGGAAACCUCAACGCUCCAACCAUCAUGAUUGCAGAGAAGGCAGCUGAUAUCAUCCUAGGAAAGGAACCACUACCCAAGUCAGAUGCACCCGUGUACCGGCCUGCAACCUUGGAAACUCAGCGUUAAUAU